UAAAUUUACAUUUAUCAGAAUUCUCUCAGUCGGUCAUCCUCUGUGAUAGGGUCUAGACACGUUGGGCUUUAUUUACACAGUCCUCCACAGGGUAGCUCACCAGGGCUCUAAGUGGCUAUGUCCUGGGUGACCAUGUGUGCUGUCAUGCCGGGAAUAUCCGUGCAGAUCCCACGCAGAGGCAGAGGACAUGAUUGUCAUCUUUGUGUUUAUAACCUCAGGCCUGGAACAGUGUCCUUUUGUGCUCAGUUGCUUCUAAAAGGUCAGUGCUUCCGAAUAGGCCUUUCAUACAUUUCAGAAGGAGGCCAGGGAGACCCCAUAGUGCCAAGACAAAUUCGUGGUACCGUUCUGCUUCUCAAGGCAGCAUGUGUGAGAGGGAAAAUGAAAUAAGACAGUAGUCAUGUGGGAAGAACAAAAGGGAACAAGCUCACCUUUCUGGCACGCAUCUUUCCACUGGAUGGAGGUGUGAGGGCAAAGGUCGGAAAGGCAAGCGGUGACCUGCGGAGGGAACAGGAGAUAACGCAGCACUGAGGAAAUGUAAAAGCUGUAAGUCCUGCCUUUUGAGGCUGGUCAGUGGGCCCUCUGUGGCCCGGGCUGCUGUCUCAGAGACAGCCCGGUGGCAUGUUGUAGGAGAUUGUGGCAAAGGGCCAGGUGUGUUGCUUGGCCCAAAUCAUGACUUGCCUAACGAGAGUGGCUAAAACACAACUCGAAUUAGCCUGAGCAAAUGAGAGAACGUGCUAGGAGGCUAGAGUAGGUGCAGAAUACAGGGAGGAGAGACCCACGCUGGGGCCUCAGGGCUUGGGACUAGGGUCGACCUUGGCAGCUUCAUGGUCCCAUCCUGAGAUAGUGUCUCCCUGUGAUGGGAAGAGCCCCCACAUCACACCCUAGCACCCCGAGGAGACAGAGAAAGCCUUUCUCUCUGGCUUCUGUAGUCCAGUCCUGGGGCAAGAUUCAGAUUGGCCUUGGUUGGUCACAUGCUGUCCUCCUAGGCUACUGCAGUGGCUUAAAUUAUAUUUGGAAAGCCAGGGUCUUGUGCUCUCGCUGGGAGUCAGUGACAGGUACUGUGAGGGACAGCUGUACUAAAACACUGUGACAGGAACCCAAAGGAAGUAAGAGCCGGCUGGAAGAAUGGAAACCCACAAAGAGGGGCACUGCAGACCGGCUGCGUCCUUGGUGAUCAUCAUUGUGAGGAUGUUCACUCAUCAGUCCUUCCAGACCCCUGCCGAAGAGGUGUGGCCCUUGGCCGCCUGGGGCUUUUGAGCCCCCAAAAUGGGGAAAAACUGCAUAGAAAAUCUAAUGGAUGAAGAUGAGAAAGACAGGGCAAAGAGAGCUUCUCGAAACAAGUCUGAGAAGAAGCGUCGGGACCAGUUCAAUGUUCUCAUCAAAGAACUUAGCUCCAUGCUCCCUGGCAAUACGCGGAAAAUGGACAAAACCACCGUGCUGGAAAAGGUCAUUGGAUUUUUGCAGAAACACAAUGAAGUCUCAGCGCAAACGGAAAUCUGUGAUAUUCAGCAGGACUGGAAACCUUCAUUCCUCAGUAAUGAAGAAUUCACCCAGCUGAUGUUGGAGGCACUGGAUGGCUUCAUCAUCGCAGUGACAACGGAUGGUAGCAUCCUCUAUGUUUCUGACAGUAUCACGCCUCUCCUUGGGCAUUUACCGUCAGAUGUCAUGGAUCAGAAUUUGUUAAAUUUCCUUCCAGAACAAGAACACUCAGAAGUGUAUAAAAUGCUUUCUUCCCAUAUGCUUGUGACAGAUUCCCCCUCCCCAGAAUACUUAAAAUCUGACAACGAUUUAGAGUUUUAUUGCCAUCUUCUUAGAGGCAGCUUGAACCCAAAGGAAUUUCCAACUUAUGAAUACAUAAAAUUCGUAGGAAAUUUUCGCUCUUACAACAAUGUGCCUAGCCCCUCUUGUAACGGCUUCGAUAGCGCCCUUUCAAGGCCCUGCCGGGUGCCGCUGGGAAAGGAGGUCUGCUUCAUCGCCACCGUUCGCCUGGCAACGCCCCAAUUCUUAAAGGAAAUGUGCAUAGUUGACGAACCCUUAGAGGAAUUCACUUCAAGGCAUAGCUUGGAAUGGAAAUUUUUAUUUCUGGAUCACAGAGCCCCUCCGAUCAUAGGAUACCUGCCUUUUGAAGUUUUGGGGACCUCGGGCUAUGACUACUACCACAUUGACGAUCUGGAGCUCCUGGCCAGGUGCCACCAGCACUUGAUGCAGUUUGGUAAAGGGAAGUCCUGUUGCUACCGGUUUCUGACCAAAGGGCAGCAGUGGAUUUGGCUGCAGACACACUACUACAUCACGUACCACCAGUGGAACUCCAAGCCUGAGUUCAUCGUGUGCACACACUCGGUCGUCAGUUAUGCGGACGUCCGGGUAGAAAGGAGGCAGGAGCUGGCUUUGGAAGACCCACCGCCCGAGGCCGUCCACCCUGUGGCACUAAAGGACAAGGGCUCCAGCCUGGACCCUCAGCAGCACUUUAAUGCACUUGACGUGGGCACCUUGGGCCUUAACACCAGUCACUCGCCAUCAGCGUCCUCCAGAAGUUCCCACAAAUCCUCGCACACGGCCGUGUCAGAACCCGCCUCUACUCCAAGCAAGCUGAUGACAGAGGCCAGCGCCACCGCUUUGCCAAGAUCGGCCACGCUGCCCCAAGAGCUCCCCGUGCCAGGGCUCAGCCAGGCGGCCUCCAUGCCGGCUCCCCUGCCAGCCCCGUCGUCCUGUGACCUCACACAGCAGCUCCUGCCCCAGACCAUCCUGCAGAGCCCCUCUGCCCCCAUGACACAGUUCUCAGCGCAGUUCAGCAUGUUCCAGACCAUCAAAGACCAGCUGGAGCAGCGGACACGGAUCCUGCAAGCCAACAUCCGGUGGCAGCAGGAAGAGCUCCACAAGAUCCAGGAGCAGCUCUGCCUGGUGCAGGACUCCAACAUCCAGGUCAGAGAGAUCCAGAAAGCUGACCUCUUGCCGUGGACGGGAAACACAAAGAAGAUGUUUCUACAGCAGCCAGCUGUAUCCCUGAGCUUCAGCAGUGCCCCGAGGCCUGAGGCUCAGCAGCAAGUCCAGCAGAGGUCGGCCCCAAGCUCCCAGGCCCAGCUUGUGACCAGCCCUCAACUUCCCGGGCAGAUCGCUUCUGCCCAGGUGGCAAACCAGCACCUGCUCAGAGAAUCCAGUGUGAUAUCGACCCAAGGUCCAAGGCCAAUGCGAAGCUCGCAGAUGAUGCAAGGAAGCGGCCACUCGGUGAACAGCUUGACGUCCCAGUUCAGCAGCGCCGCGGCGGUGCUCCCACCCGCUCUGAGCCUGACCACACUCGCUUCUGCCUCCCAGGAUGGCAGCCAGUGCCAGCCCAGCCCAGACUUCAGCCAUGACCGGCAGCUCAGGCUAUUGCUGAGCCAGCCCAUCCAGCCCAUGAUGCCUGGGUCCUGCGAUGCGAGGCAGCCCUCAGAGGUCAGCAGGACUGGACGGCAAGUCAAGUAUCCACAGAGCCAGGCCGUGUUUCCAAAUGCAGACAUGCACACCACCAGCAACAGCGCCUCGCCCCCCGUCCUGCUGAUGGGACAGGCGGUGCCCCAGCCCAGCUUCCCCGCCUCCAGGCAGUCGCCCCUGCAGCCCGCACAGGCCCAGCAGCAGCCACAGCACUUCCUGCAGGUGCAGGCACCAACCUCUCUGCACAGUGAGCAACAGGACUCGCUACUUCUCUCCACCUACUCGCAACAGCCAGGGACCCUGGGCUACCCCCCACCGCCCCAGUCCUCACGCCCUCCCCGAAGGGUCAGCAGCCUCUCUGAGUCCUCGGGCCUCCAGCAGCCACCCCGGUAGAGCCCUGGCAUGUCCAUCGGGUCACAAUCAGCUUUAACCAAUGGACGGACCAUGGGGGUGGCCACAAGAAUUGGGGAGAGGAGUUGAAACCCUUGGCUUUUGUGCACACUGCAUACAUUUCAGAACUCCUGGAUGGUAACCAUCUCCAGAGCACGGGGGCUGGCACGUGGAAAAUGAUCAGAAUACUGGCCAUGUUUCCCUGGCCUCUGUGUUUCUCGGGCACGCUCUACAGCCAUACUUGGAUUGGAAACGAGUGCCCCCACGUAAGUGUUGUUACUCAGUUCACCUAGCAGAUGGCACGGCUGGGCGCAUCCUCCCUGAGAGCACGCUGGUCCCUCUAGCUGGCUGUGGUGCGUCCACACUUGCUAGCUGGCCUUUACUCUCUUCAUCCUCUUUCCUUUGCAUUCCAGAAGCACUGGGUCAGAGAUCUGUUGAAGAGAGAGAAUAAAGAGAUUAUUUUUCAUUAUUUUUAAAUGGUGGCUUUUGUUUUAAUUUGCACAGCUGCACAGAGGAGAUAACUUAGGCACUUUCAGGUAUUAAAAAUAAGUAGGUCUCGCGACUUCACUUGGACACCACAGGAUCAAAAACAGCCCACCAAUCAGAUGGCAGAGCCAGUGGUUCUUAACCGGACCACAGACCCAUGCCCUCUGGCCUGGAACCCAACGGAAGGAGGCUCUUUCUGGUGAUUAUUGUCUCCCCUGAAUAUAACACUGGACUGUUCCUGUUUACUUCCUUGAUUGCAACUACAAAGGCGGACUCAAAGCAAAGCACAAUCACGCAGCUGAUAUUCCAGAAUCCUAUUGGGACCUCCGAGACAGAAUUGGAGGAAGAGGUUUCCCGGGCCAGGCAGGCCCGUGGAGCUCCGGGUCCCCGAGGAAACCCCAGCACGCGCCGGCCCCUUGAGUCAGAAUGCUGCACCUUUCUACAGAUCUUUCAUGAGAAGAUCGAGGAUUGGAUUCUCCUUUUCAAAAUGCACUUUGCUUUUUUUGUAUGUUUUGUUAUGUUGAGAUGUUUCUAAAGAAAAGAUUUUAUGUAAUUAAAAGACAAAGUGUAGUGAAUUGUACAGCUGUUGUAAUAAUGACCUAUUUCUAUAUAAAAUAAAAUUGUAUGAAUUAUGUGUAAAUUAUUUUGUAUCUGAGACACCAGUUCCUUUCCCGGAUCUAAAAGUAUAAAGGUUUUCUUGUGUUUUUCUGUGAGUGGCCAUUUUGUAAUAAAUUAACAAAUUUG